GCGCGGCCGGCGGGGCGCGGGGCGUUGGAGGCGCGCGGCGGCGGCGGUGGCUGCGGCGGCGGGAUGGGCCGCGGCUGGGGCCUGGUGAUCGGCCUGCUCGGCGCGGCGUGGCUGUACGGGUCGGGCGGCGGGGCGGACCCGCCGGGGACGCCAGGGACGCCGGGCUCGGCGGCACAGCGCUGCUUUUGCCAGGUGACUGGUUACUUGGAUGAUUGUACCUGCGAUGUUGAAACCAUCGAUAGAUUUAAUAACUACAAACUUUUCCCGAGACUACAAAAACUUCUUGAAAGUGACUACUUUAGAUAUUACAAGGUAAACCUGAAGAGGCCAUGUCCUUUCUGGAAUGAUACCAACCACUGUGGCGUGCGGGACUGUGCUGUCAAACCUUGUCAAUCUGAUGAAGUUCCUGAUGGAAUUAAAUCUGCGAGCUACAAGUAUUCUGAAGAAGCCAAUAAUCUCAUUGAAGAAUGUGAGCAAGCUGAACGGCUCGGUGCAGUGGAUGAAUCACUGAGUGAGGAAACUCAGAAGGCUGUGCUUCAGUGGACCAGGCAUGAUGAUUCUGCAGACAGCUUCUGUGAAGCAGAUGAUAUACAGUCCCCUGAUGCUGAAUAUGUAGAUCUGCUCCUUAAUCCCGAGCGCUACACAGGUUACAAGGGGCCAGAUGCGUGGAAGAUAUGGAAUGUCAUCUACGAAGAAAACUGUUUUAAGCCACAGACAAUUAAAAGGCCUUUAAAUCCUCUGGCUUCUAGUCAAGGUGAGCACCGUGAGAACACAUUUUACAGUUGGCUAGAAGGCCUCUGUGUUGAAAAAAGAGCAUUUUACAGACUUAUAUCUGGCUUACAUGCAAGCAUUAAUGUGCAUUUGAGUGCAAGGUAUCUUUUACAAGAUACCUGGCUGGAAACAAAGUGGGGACACAACAUUACAGAGUUUCAGCAGCGGUUUGAUGCGAUUCUGACUGAAGGAGAGGGCCCAAGAAGGCUUAAGAACUUGUAUUUUCUCUAUUUAAUUGAAUUAAGGGCUUUAUCUAAAGUGUUACCAUUUUUUGAGCGCCCAGAUUUUCAGCUUUUCACUGGAAAUAAAAUUCAGGAUGGAGAAAACAAAAUGUUACUUCUUGAAAUACUUCAUGAAAUCAAGUCAUUUCCUUUGCAUUUUGAUGAGAACUCACUUUUUGCUGGGGAUAAAAAAGAAGCCCAAAAACUAAAGGAGGACUUUCGGCUGCAUUUUAGAAAUAUUUCAAGGAUCAUGGAUUGUGUUGGUUGUUUUAAAUGUCGGCUGUGGGGAAAGCUUCAGACUCAAGGUUUGGGUACUGCUCUGAAGAUCUUAUUUUCUGAGAAAUUGAUAGCAAAUAUGCCAGAAAGUGGACCCAGUUAUGAAUUUCAUCUAACUAGACAAGAAAUUGUGUCACUAUUUAAUGCAUUUGGAAGAAUUUCUACAAGUGUGAAAGAAUUACAAAACUUCAGGAACUUGUUACACAGUGUUCAUUAAGGACAGUGACUUGAAAUAAGCCUGUUUCUGGGAAACGGAGGCCAAAGAGUGGAACUCAUUCAAAGGUGUAACAGCAAUGACAGAAUGACAGACAUUUUAUAUUAAGCUGCUUUUAUAAGAGGAAAAUUAUAUUGUUUUAAGUAAACAUUUUUUAAAUUGUCCUGUCUAUGUUUAAUAUUAUUGUGAAUAGAAUACUUUGAUAAUGUGGUACAAAUUUUAAAGUUUAAUAUUGACUAAAAGGAUUAUUAGAUUCUUUUAUGCUGAAUCAGGUGGAUGAUGUUUUAAGUCUCAAACUAGAGUUUUGUGUGAGAAGAUGUAAUAAAGAUGAAACUGUGGCAAAUGUGACAAGUGUUUAAUAGGACAAUACUAGGGACAAUACUUCUGUGCAGAAGUUUUCAGUACGUUCAGAGUUGUCAGAUUUAGGAAGUAAAAAUGCAGAAUGCCCACUUAGAAUUGAAUUUCACAUAAACAACUAGUUUAAAAUAUGUUGCAUGCGGUAUUUGAAACAUACUUAUAGAAAAAUUACUCAUUAUUUGUUUGAAAUUCAAAUUUUAACUGAAGGUCCUGUGCGUUAUUUGACAACCCUAAAGUAUGUUGGUAUGGAAAACAUCACUUUUAGAGUUAAAUUGCUAUUUCAAGUAGGUUGUUUCAGCAUGUCAAAUUGAGAACAAUUUAAAGGCACAGGAGAUUUGGAAGCAUUGUAAAAAGCUGAAUAGAAUAUAUAUUAUCAUAGUAGUUUCCCUAAUAAUGAGUGAAAAUUUGGGGAGCCCUUUUAUUUUUAUAUAAUAUAAAAUUUACAGAAAAGUUUCAAAAAUAGUACAAAGGACUUCUACUGAUUCACCAGUUGUUCACAUUUGCUUUGUCUAUUAUGCUCUCGCUCCAUGCUUUUUCCUUUGAUCAUCUGAAAGUCAGCUACACAUAUCAUGCCCCUCUAAUCCUAAAUACGCCAUGUAAUGUUAAUUUUCUAAAAAUUGUUUUCUCAGAAAAAAAUCCCUACUGCAAUUCUGUAAGUCUUAAAAUGGAAUCAUUUCCAGUUGCAAUCUAAAGUUCUUUUUUAGUUUAGUUGUUCUUUUUAUGUUUGAUUUCUAUAGUCUUAGAGUAUAUAAUUUUUAUUUUUUAUGAAGUUAAUGUUUUAAUGAAAUUAGUUUCUUUUGCCUCUGUACAACUGAGCUAUAAUUUUGGGAGGUUUUUAUUAGUGGAAAUUCUAAUAAAAUAUUUGAACAGGUUAAGAAUACAUAUCGCAUAGUGAUUGUAGGGGAAAAAAUUGUAUACCUCAAAAUUAUGUACCUUCUUUACAUAUGUCUGAGCAGGUAAAACAUGGUGAGAUAUCACAUUAUUAGUAAAUCAGAGUUUGUUUAUGUAACAUUUUAGAACUGCCACUUCACACUGCGAAAUACUUUUUUGUCUGUGUCCCUAAGGCCUGGUAUGGUGCCAAGCACCAUCGUUGUUAUCCAAUAAAUAUUUGUUGAAUGGAUGUAAUAUGCUUUUAGUGUAUUUUAAAUGAAUAAUUACAGAGUGAAGUUUAACAAUAAGCAUCCUGUUUUCUUUUUUCCACUCAUUUUCUCUGAAUAGGGCAGAGAAGAAAGCCAUUAACUUGCUAAUUAAGUCAGGUCCUCUUGUAGACUCUUGAGUGAUCAGUGUGUAUAAAACUUUAAGGACAUUUGUACUCUGGAAAAGUGGUAAUGGCUUAAUGGGAAUUGUGUAUAUACCUCCCUGGCCUUCAGAUGUCGCCUACCAGUGCCAGUCUUUCCUCACUUUGCCACCUCUCACUUGCUCCUUAACUAAAAGCUGGCGUUUAGCCCUGUGUCCUUAUCAGUCCUUACCUGCAAAGUCUAAAACCCUAAUUCUAAAUCUACAUUUCAGCUCACAAGCCAUUUCCUUUUCUGACUAGUUUCCACUAAAAACUGAAAACAAAUAACCCCAACUUCUGAUCACUUUGUAUGUUGUUUGCUCCUAAACCUCUUAUUUUUGGCCUUUUCCUUGAUUCCUUAAAUGUUAUCAGGCUUUUUCAUUGUUGUGUCAUAAUCAGUGUACACUAUAUGUGUCUUCACAUGUUCUCUCACACCUACUCUUGUGCCUGUGUUUCUUACACUUUAAUUUCAGGACCACGAUUUUCUCAGCUCAUUCCUCGCCUUGCCUUAGCUCUAAGUUCUGUUGAUUUUGUGUCUAUCUUUCUGAUACAUGCAACUCUGCUGUUGCAUUUUCAUUGCGGGUUCCAGAAGGACUACAUGAACCUGUCUCCUUAUAACCUAUCUCAUGGUUCCACAAUGUCACUAGAUUAGGCCCCCUAGAUGCACUCUGGAAAUGUUACUUGGCUUAACACCCUUUCGUGACCUCAUAUACUGCCUGGAGACAGCCGGAGUUCUUAGCUUGUUACACAAGGUCUUUUCAUUUGUUUUCCCCACCCAAGGUUCUAAUAAAGCAGACUCAGUCUUUCAGAUGCCUGUGUAGCCAGCUCUCCGUACCUAGAUGGAUACUGUACUUUUUACAUCGUGUCCUAGCUAUCCUUUCCACCAGAAAAUUCCAUGCAUCCUUGCAGGUUCAGCAUCAGCAUCUGAUCUGAAAUUUCCCCUCCUUCAUUCAAGAGAAUCUAACUUUUGUGUCACCACUGUAAUUACAACCUACCUCUACUGAAUCACUUAUUGUACUAUAUUAUUUUUGUUUUGAGAGAUCUCCUUUAUUAGAGUGUGAGCUCCUCAAGAGCAGGAAAAAAAAAUCUGUUUACUUUGGCAUCUCUAUAGCAUACUUUUUGGCAUAUAAACAUUUAAUAAAUAUUUGUUGAAUAAA